CCUCGGCUCGGCCCCCGCCGCUUCCUCCCGCGCCAGCUCCGCGGCCCGGCGGGCCUGGGCCCCGUUUCCCCGCCGCUUCGGUACCCUGCGCUCUCCGGGAAGCGCCUCUGCUCGCCGCUCGCUCCGCUGCUAUUUUUUAUCAUUAUCAUUAUUUUUUUAAUCCCGCUCCGUUUUUCCUCCGCUUCACCAGCGCCGGACACCUCCUCCCCCUCCCCCCACCGCCGCCUCUCAUCUAUCCAUCCCUCCCUCCAUCCAUCCAUCCAUCCGCCGGGGCGCGCUGAAGCUCGGAGAGCCGUCCCGCGAUGUCAGGUGGGGACUCGGCAGCGGCGGCGGCCACCGCCUCCCCUCAGCCGCUGCCCUUCUCGCUGCCCAAGCCCCCUCCCCUCAUGCAGCUGACGCCGGGGGACGCCGUCCGCCCCGUCUCAUCGGCCGCCGACCAAUCACCGAAGAGCGCCCGGCUAACGGGCCGCCCUGAUUGGCCAGCGGGCAAGCCAGUCAGCCUGCUGGCCCCGCUGCUCCCGCCCCGCGGAGAGCCAGAGCCGCUGAUGCCCUUCGGCCCCUCGUCCCGGCAGCCACUCAGGGGGCGGCUUCUUGGCAGGUGCAGCGGCGGGAGCCUCCUCAGCCCCUCCAUGAGGCCCGGAGGAGUCGACCGGGGGUCCCUGAUGAUGGGACACCCAGGAAUGCCCCAUUACCCCCCCAUGGGAAUGCACCCCAUGGGGCAGAGACCCCCAAACAUGCCCCCUGUUCCUCACAGCAUGAUGCCUCAGAUGAUGCCCCCCAUGGGAGGACCACCAAUGGGCCAGAUGCCUGGCAUGAUGCAGUCAGUAAUGCCUGGGAUGAUGAUGUCUCACAUGUCCCAAGCUGCCAUGCAGCCCACAGUCCCGCCAGGGGUGAACAGUAUGGAUGCCCAAGUAGGUGUGACACCUCCUGGAACUCAGAGCUCUGUUUUGUUUCGCCCUCAGACAACACAUCCUGUGGUUUGUGCAGCCCAGCAAACAGCCACAACCAACAGCUCUGUGAGUGAAGACCACUCUAAACAGAAAUCUACAUGGACAGAACACAAGUCACCUGAUGGCAGGACUUAUUACUAUAACACUGAAACCAAGCAGUCCACGUGGGAGAAGCCAGAUGACCUCAAAACACCUGCUGAGCAAUUGUUGUCUAAAUGUCCCUGGAAAGAAUAUAAAUCAGAUUCUGGAAAGCCCUACUAUUACAAUUCCCAAACAAAGGAGUCACGCUGGGCAAAGCCCAAAGAGCUUGAAGAUCUGGAAGCAAUGAUUAAAGCUGAAGAAAACAGCAUAAAGCCUGAUGAAUCCACUCCAGCAGCAGCUGCUUCAGGUGCUGAGGCAGCAAACACAACCCCCACAGCCACCACUGCUGCUGAAACAGCUGCAGCUGUCACCACCACCACUGCUGGUUCUGCAGCCACAGCAGCCUCUGAGGCAGAAUCUGCUGCAGCUCCUGGGGCAGAAAAUGAGAGUUCUGGCACAGCCACAGCUGAGGAACAGGGACAAGCAACUUCUGCACCUGCUGGGCAGGACCAGAGUGGGGAAGCUGCAGCUAAUGCAGCAGAUGACUCUUCCAAGCAGGAGGCUUCAGGAGAUGCUGCUUCAAAGAAGGAGGAGGAUGAUGCCCAACCAGUUAAAAAAACGUAUACAUGGAACACAAAGGAAGAAGCAAAGCAAGCAUUUAAGGAACUUUUAAAAGAAAAGAGAGUCCCAUCCAAUGCUUCUUGGGAGCAAGCUAUGAAAAUGAUCAUUAAUGAUCCUAGAUACAGUGCUUUGGCAAAAUUAAGUGAAAAAAAGCAAGCCUUCAAUGCUUACAAAGUUCAGACAGAAAAAGAAGAGAAAGAAGAAGCAAGAUCAAAAUACAAGGAAGCUAAAGAAUCCUUCCAGCGUUUCCUUGAGAACCAUGAGAAGAUGACAUCCACAACAAGAUACAAAAAAGCUGAACAAAUGUUUGGGGAGAUGGAAGUCUGGAAUGCAAUAUCUGAGCGGGAUCGUCUUGAGAUUUAUGAAGAUGUCUUGUUUUUCUUAUCUAAGAAAGAGAAGGAACAAGCCAAACAGUUACGGAAGAGGAAUUGGGAAGCUUUGAAGAACAUUCUAGACAACAUGGCCAAUGUCACUUACUGUACUACUUGGUCAGAGGCUCAGCAGUAUCUGAUGGACAAUCCUACAUUUGCAGAAGAUGAGGAGCUUCAGAACAUGGACAAGGAGGAUGCACUGAUCUGUUUUGAGGAACACAUCAGGGCACUGGAGAAAGAGGAGGAAGAAGAAAAACAGAAAAGUUUGCUUCGAGAAAGGAGGCGGCAGCGGAAAAACAGAGAAUCUUUCCAGCUGUUUUUAGAUGAGCUGCACGAGCACGGACAGUUACAUUCCAUGUCCUCUUGGAUGGAGUUGUACCCAACCAUAAGUUCAGACAUCAGAUUCACUAAUAUGCUUGGUCAACCUGGAUCAACAGCACUUGAUCUUUUCAAGUUCUAUGUUGAAGACUUGAAAGCACGUUACCAUGAUGAAAAGAAGAUAAUAAAAGAUAUCUUAAAGGAUAAGGGAUUUGUGGUUGAAGUGAAUACAUCUUUUGAAGAUUUUGUUACAGUCAUCAGUUCAACUAAAAGAGCUACCACUUUAGAUGCAGGAAAUAUCAAGCUGGCUUUCAAUAGUCUGCUGGAAAAGGCAGAAGCCCGGGAAAGAGAGAGGGAGAAAGAAGAAGCUCGGAAGAUGAAGAGGAAGGAGUCAGCCUUCAAGAGCAUGCUGAAGCAAGCCACUCCUCCCAUCGAGCUGGAUGCUGUCUGGGAAGAUAUCAGAGAUAGAUUUGUGAAGGAACCAGCAUUUGAAGACAUCACUCUGGAGUCUGAAAGGAAAAGAAUAUUUAAAGAUUUCAUGCAUAUACUCGAGCACGAGUGCCAGCAUCACCAUUCAAAGAACAAGAAACAUUCAAAGAAGUCCAAAAAGCAUCACAGGAAGCGGUCGCGCUCUCGUUCGGGCUCAGAGUCUGAGGAUGAUGACAGCCACUCCAAGAAGAAGAGGCAGCGUUCAGAGUCCAGAUCAGUUUCCGAGCGUUCUUCCAGCGCAGAAUCGGAGAGAAGUUACAAGAAGUCAAAAAAACACAAGAAAAAGAGCAAGAAGAGAAGACACAAGUCUGAUUCACCAGAAUCAGAUACUGAACGAGAAAAAGACAAAAAAGAGAGAGAGAGAGAUAGUGAAAAGGAUAGAGCUAGACAGAGAUCUGAAUCAAAACAUAAAUCUCCUACUAAAAAACGGCCUGGAAAAGAUUCUGGGAACUGGGACACGUCGGGCAGCGAGCUGAGCGAAGGGGAGCUGGAAAAACAGAGGAGGACUCUUUUGGAACAACUGGAUGAAGAUCAAUGAGAACAUUAUUUAUACCAAAUAUGUUUACAUUGUGGCAUAAUAAAAGAAACCAAUGUCUAAUUCAGGACGUGGGUUCCGAUCUCCUGAGUUCCAUUGUUGAAACAACAGUGGGUUUUAAUUUUACCCCAUCAACACACUCAAUGCUGUCAGAUUCUGGGCCUGGCUUCAAACCUGGAGCAGGGAAUGAAAUUCUGAGGGGGAUGGUGAGUUGGGAUGGGUGCUCCACUGCCCCCAGGGCACCUUCCCUGCUCAGGGGGACAUUCCCUGCUCACCCCCACAGCCUGGGGAAGCGUUGGCACCUUUCUAGCUAAGUCACUCCUCAGUGAGGUCCUUUCUAGAAAGGUGCUAACACUGCUCUUCCUGCCCAGGGCUGGCAGGUAAAAUUUUCGUAUUUAGGAAGAGAUUCUUUAAUAUAGUUUCUUGUUGGCUUCAUUUGUUUUAUGGAUCUGUUUUUAUUUUGGAAAAGGGGAAGGCAAUGAGGGUAACGAUUCCAUUUCUUGAUCUGUACUGCAAAAAAGAAAACAAAAAACAAACCACCAGAUCUGGGAAUUGCUCUGUUGUGAACUGUGUCCCUGGCCAAACCCAUGCUGUCCAAAGCUGAAAGGUACCAUCUCAGAGGGGGUUUUAUAGGAAACUUUCUGAUCCCUGGAGCUGCAGCUGCUGGGGAUGGGACAGAGCCAGGCUGUGACCCCACAGCCCUGCCCUGCAGCGGCUGCUUCACCUUUCAGAAAAUUUUAAACAAAAAAUCCAAUUGUAAAUGAAUUUAAAUGCCUUAAGAACCUGCUGAAGAAUGUGCCACCACCUUUCAGCUGCAGCCCUGGGUUCUUUCUGCCUCUGGGCAGUGCAGGCAGGGGCUGCCAGCCCUGCUGGGUGACACUUGGUGGCUGCUGUGGUGACAAAAGGUGGGGAAACCUCACUGGCUGGUGGGAAUAUUUUUGUACAUUUUUAUCAAUUAUUAAACCUUGUCUUCUAGUG